GACGUACAUAUUGACUACCCAGAAUCCUCUCUGCCUUUUCCUAAUCUUAGCUGCCGCGAUGAAGGUUGAGCUGUGCAGUUUUAGCGGGUAUAAAAUCUACCCUGGCCACGGCCGGCGGUAUGCCCGGGUAGACGGAAAGGUUUUCCAGUUCCUGAACGCUAAGUGCGAGUCUGCCUUCCUGUCCAAGAGGAACCCCCGACAGAUCAACUGGACCGUGCUGUACAGACGCAAGCACAAGAAGGGCCAGUCUGAAGAGGUGACGAAGAAGCGCACGCGUCGUGCGGUGAAGUUCCAGAGAGCCAUCACCGGCGCCUCGCUGGCCGAGAUCCUGGCCAAGAGGAACCAGAAGCCGGAGGUGCGCAAAGCCCAGCGCGAGCAGGCCAUCCGGGCUGCCAAGGAGGCCAAGAAAGCCAAGCAGGCGACCAAGAAGCCCUCUGCCCCAAGCACCAAGGCUCCAGCUAAGGCUGCACCCAAGCAGAAGAUCGCCAAGCCCAUGAAGACCAGUGCACCCCGCGUUGGCGGAAAACGCUAAACUCUUUGUCUGGGCGCCGGGUGUUAAAUAAAGUUCACUGUUCUAAAGAUA